AUGGAAGGGUGGCGGCAUCUGAAGUUGAUGUGCGGUGUCUCAGCGUUAUUGUUCGCCGCAUGUUCAGCUCGGCCGCAGGAUCCCACCGCCGUUGCGGCCACCGUCAAAGAAGUGCCGCAGAGACCCAUGACCCUGACCAAUGGCUACCACCCAUCAUCGUUCCCAUUCAACAACGGCGAACCAUUCGUCGUUGAUCCUAACAUGGGUUCCAUAGACUUCAAUACUAGACCACCCCCGAGCGCGGCGCAGAGGUCUGAUGACUACUACGAUUACGACACUACAAAGUUAGAGGAGGUGCCGUUUGAUUACAAGGGCGAUCCGAUCGACAGAAAGGACGUGGCAGGCCCCGGUCUGCUGCCUAGACCCAACGACAUUGCGCCUACAAAGAACAAGCAGACGGACAUCUAUCAGUUCUUGAAUCUGCCCGUCAAGUACAGUUCUAGUGACCGGUUUCCACUUAUGUCCAGUUCGUAUGCCAACACAAAAAUCCAAGGAUCCGGUGGGUCGUCGCCAUCGUCGCCACUCAGCAAUCACAAAAUGCCAUCCGCUCCGACCCAGAUGCCGACGGCUGCAACUUCGCCAACCACCACUGUCUCGUCUUGGUACAACACUAUCAAGUUGACUACAGUCAGGCCCACCACUGCCCCAACUCCAGCCCCGACAACUACUACGACCACGACCACGACCCCGGUCCCGCAGCAAGAGGAAUAUGAAUACGAUUACGAUUACCCUCAUGCGCAAGAACCUGUGUCACACCAAGAUACCACAACCGCGCAGGCGGCUACCACUACUACUACGACCACCACCACUACCUCAACCACCACUGCCGCUGCCUCCAUGAGUCCGACGACAGUCGUUCACCGUACCAAUCCGCCGCCACCGUCAUCGACCUCCUUUAUCACGCCCGAACCAUCCACUGCUGCAGUUACUGUACCGUCGUCCACGACUACUACAACAACAUCAGCUCCGGUUACCCCGUCAGUCUUCAAUAGAACCACAAGUUCGGUGCAGGUUACCACUGUCAGACCAGAGAUCGACUCCAAACUGGAUGGAACGUCAUUUGCUGACUACGAUGACGCGAUCAAACCAGCGGAGAAACCGCAUCAGCCGGAGACGUACGGUCAAAACUUCAAACCCCUACACGGAAACUACCAGUUCGACGACAAACCGUAUCCUUUGAUCACCAACAGCAAAGUGCCUAUGACGUUCACCGCUCACGUAUCGUCUGGUAUAUCGUUAAACAACCAAAAGGAACACUCGUUGAAUAUCAAACCAUCUCCAGCUCCAGUGUCGGAACCAGUAUACUCAUCUAGGCCUCUGCGCCCGGAAAAUAUACCUGAUACAAUUAAGCCCGAGGAAACUGCUGUGUAUGACAAUUCGAGAGUGAAGUUCAACAGUGGUAAGCCUGAUCCACCAAUAAGCCCAGAACUGCCACCGAUGUAUUCAAAACCCAAACCACCAAAGCCGAACGGAAGUCCUGAUCAGUUUGAGACAGUUUACUACAAAGUCAGACCGGAUACUUAUAACGCACCACAGUUUCCUAGCACGGUUUCAAACCGACCUACGAAUCCUUUAAUCCAAAGUCGACCUUAUCAGCCAGAGCCGCCAGUAAUAAAAACUUUCCAGCCGGAUAUACCUAGAAAACCGGUGAACACAGAGCUUCAAAUGUCACAAGGACGACCGCCACCAUAUCCGGUACAAACGGAUGAGUAUGUCAAAAAUAAACCUCAAUACACACCUCCGCAGAGCCAACCCGAUACAUCAAAGUUUAAACCUCCUAAACACGUAAUAAACCAUUUCAUAAAAACUCAGCCGAAUGAGGAUAAUAAAAGCUACGCACUUCAAACUUCUUUUUCGAUUGGUAUGGACGGAGAACGGACAGAUACACGGCCAGCACAAGGUAUCGGCCAAGUUUUAAUGGUCGAAGACGGCUCUUCUGAAACCGUUGUAAACCACACGAUACCGGUAAAGACCAAAUCGACUACAUCGAUUCCACUUGUUCCUCCGCCAAGACCAAUCCAAAAACCACAACCAUAUCCAAGGCCUCAAUGGGAGAACGUACCAAAACCUCCUGUAUAUCACCCACCUCCGAAACGCGAUGGCGCCAUACCUCCACCACAAAGACCAAAUUUACCCAAUAUUUUACCUCAAUUCAGACCAAACGCCAGAGUCGAUACACCGCCAACGGUACCUCAAUCUCACUCAGCGACAAUCGAAAGGGUUCAAAUUCCAAUAGAUCAUUUAAGACCUCCACCCCUUCCAAAACCUCAAUUUUUAAAAGUAGACAGAAAUGAUGAUAAUAUCGAUGAAGAAAUUCUAAAUAUACCUGAAAAGGAAACGAGAAUUUUGCAAAGACCUGGACCACAACCAGCAAAAGUGACUACCUUGCAAAUGAUUCAACACGGAACUCCGACAAAAUUACGAGAUGAUAAUAAAGAAAAUCCUGUGCAUAUUAUUUAUGCGGCAAACACUCCACCAAAACAAUCUGAAAAAUUAAUAGAUGACUCAGUAAUGCUAGACGUAAACGAUAGAUCUGAUGUGCCAAUUCUAAAAACUAAAACCACCAUUAUCAAGCCCACCAAAACUGACUUCCCAUAUCAAAUCGUUAAACCUGAUGAAAAUCAAAACGGAUCUUCAUUGGAGUAUAAAGCAUACAGUCCGACCAAAUUGGACCCAAUCAAACCAAAUUAUGAACAAGAACUAGUUCCAAACCUUCAAGAUUAUGUUCCAAUUGUAACUCGUGAUUCUACUCCAAACAUUGUGGUUUCGCAAAAACCAAUUACAGCUACAUUAAAAACGUCAGAAGAUAAUCAUAAGGUAGUUGAUGAAGGCCACAAACCUCUACUGCAAAAUUUUCAAAUACCCUUCCAGCCAAGUUUAAAAUUACCAGAAAAUAGUAAUGGAUGGUCGGUUGUAAGAAAAUCACAAAUUGAUAAUGCUUCUGAGAGAAUAGAUGAAACAGGUGAUGUGGCUGGGUCUACAGAGAAGUUUGAUCCAGAUAAUUUUAAACCGCAAUUAGUUGGCGGUUUUAUGCCAAUAAGUCCACCUUCAGAAGAUGCAAAAGAAAAAAAAACAGUUGAACAAUCAGAAAGAGCGAAAAGAUUUAUAAGAGAUUAA